UUCGACUAGGAAACUAAUCUAAAAUUAAGAAGCUCAGAGCCUUGCUGAGGAGUCACGGGCUUCCUCCAGCUGAGCCGCCGAAGGGGGCUGCGGGGUGUCGCCCGCAGGGAAGGGUGGCGGGAACGUAAGGGGCGGCCGUUCCCGCCGCUGGGGCGGAGCGGGGGUCGCUGGCGCUCGCCAGCCUCCGCCCGGCCUCGGGGGUCUUCGCGGGGCGCCGGGGCUGCUACGUUAGUCCGAGGGACGCCUGUGGGGGUCACAGUGGGCGAAGCCACCCGGGGGAGCGCGGAGGUCGGAAGGGAGGUAGAGCCGGGCCUCCUCCGCGUCCCCUUUGUGUGGAGCACGUCUGCGUACGGGGAGCGGGCGUGGCCGGAGGGACGGGCGUGCCUCUCCGCGCUGCCUCGGCGCUUGGCGGCGGGCACGGCGGCGGCGGAGCGGCUCGGCUUUGCGGAGGGGCACCCCUUGCGCUGGUGGCCCGCCGCGCUGACGCGGAGAAGGUCGGGGAGCGCGGGCGUGCCGUGUCCAUGGACUAGCCGAGGCAGCGGAGGGACUUCUUGAGUACGCCGACCGCCGCCUCGCCCUCCGCCCAACUUGGCGAAACUUAGCGAGCCGGCUGCUGCCCUCGACGCUGUGCUAUAGAAGAUGCACUAUUACCGAUAUUCUAAUGCAGAAGUCAGCUGUUGGUACAAAUACCUGCUCUUCAGCUACAACAUUGUCUUCUGGCUAGCUGGGGUGGCCUUCCUUGCGGCUGGUCUGUGGGCAUGGAGUGAAAAGGGUGUCCUGUCUGAUCUGACGAAGGUGACUGGUCUUCAUGGUCUGGACCCAGUGGUGCUUGUCUUAAUGGUGGGAAUAGUGAUGUUUACUCUGGGAUUUGCUGGUUGUGUAGGAGCACUGAGAGAAAACAUCUGCCUUCUGAAGUUUUUUUGUGGAGCAAUUGUCUUUAUAUUUCUGCUGGAGUUGGCAGCGGCAGUUCUGGCUUUCCUGUUCCAGGACUGGGUGAGGGACAGGGUCAAGGAAUUCUUUGAGAAUAACAUUAAAUCCUACAGAGAUGAUAUUGACCUCCAGAACCUCAUUGAUUCGCUACAGAAAAUAAACCAUUGCUGUGGUGCCCAAGGUCCAGAUGACUGGGACUUCAACAUAUACUUUAACUGCAGCAGUGAAAGCAAAAGUCGUGAGAAGUGUGGUGUUCCUUUUUCCUGUUGUAUACCUGAUCCUGCUCAAAAAGUUGUGAAUACACAGUGUGGCUAUGAUAUCAGAAAGAAGAGCAAGAGUCAAUGGGAUGAUCAGAUUUUUGUCAAAGGAUGUAUUCUUGCUCUUGAAGCUUGGUUACCCCGAAACAUCUACAUUGUUGCAGGUGUCUUCAUAGCUAUCUCACUGCUGCAGAUUUUUGGGAUUUUCCUAGCCAGGACAUUGAUUUCCGAUAUUGAAGCUGUUAAGGCAGGUAAUGCCUUCUGAAUAUAAAAGCAGACACAUGUUGCAAAAAAGCAUAUUUUACAGUUCUUGGUUGGACUCCAAGGUGGAAGAAAUGCACUCCUGUUAUUAAAACAUUAUGUGGAUUUUACCCCGUUCAUGAUUUUGUUAGAAGCUGGUACAAAAAAACCCCUCCAACACACACACCUGUCUACCUUUUUUCUAAUGAGACACCUCAGUACACCAGCAUUAAUCUCGGAGGAAGAAAUGGAAUUUCCCAAGACAUUGGUGGAACGGAUUUUAGAGAUUGUGGCAAGGAGAUGUGAAACUGCUGUAAACCCUUUCCUUGAAGGAUUAGUGUGAAGAUGGUUCUGUUUUCACUCCUAACUGUCAUCAAUCUCAAAAUGUAAUCUUUUCAGAAGGCGUGCUGAUUUGUUCAUAAUCUUGAAAUCUUUUUAAUCUCUACAAUGGGACUCAUCUUUUGGCAAGAUAUCCAGCAACUGUAAUCAUCCUGGUAUUGGAAGUUGGAAGAAAGUCACAAAUUGUCUAGUUCUUUGAUCUUUCAGUUGUGCGGAAGUAGAGAUAUUUCUAUUUGGGAAUAAGUAGAUGUCUUAAGAGCAGGGACUUGUGCCCAGCAUCAGAAUUUGACUAACCAAUGCAGUUUAGAAAAUGCAAGCUUUUUAGCAACGAGGGAAAAACCUGACUAUCUGUAGCAUUAUGUUAGGCCAUUUCAGGCAAGGAGGUGUGAAUCCCUGAUGUUUUUUCCUAUCUGAAAAAAAUGUAAAUAUUCUUUAUUUAUGGAAGAAAAACUCUUUAAAAAUGCUUACUUUUUAUUGAUAAGUAAUAUCUUUAAAAAGUCUUGUCUGCAGAAGUUUCAAAGUGCAGCUUGUUUCAGUAGGUAGCAAGCAUGCUGUGCUGGUUGAUGGUUUUUGCCUUUCCUCUAGUUUCAACUGCUAUAUUGAUCUUCACAAGUCCUAAUUACUAAUGUCAGGACUGAUGAAAAACAUCUAAGUUCAGUAAUGAUCCCUGCUGAAUUCUUUUUUAAUGAGGAAAUACACAUUUAGUGAAAGAUUAGAGUUGAAUUUUUAAAUCUUCUGUAAAGCUAUUGAAUAAUCAGUUCUGCUUUUAUUCUGAUACAUGGUUCAAAUGCCAGUCACAAUAUGGUGAACUACAAUUUCUUCACAGUAAUUUUCUCCGUCAAACUGAACUACUCCUGCUGAAGUCAAUUUUUUUUAAUCAGGAGAAAACUAAACACUUCUUCCUGUCCUCCCUUCUUGGAGGUUCAGUAGAUGGAUCUGUGGUUCAGUAAGAGUUCCAGUCUUCUAUAAAAUACUUUGUCAUAGUAUUAGCUGUAAGAUAGAAGUAUGUGACUGAAAAGUUCUUGGAAGUAGCUGUCAGUUCUACUAUGGACCAUAUAACUAACAUUGACUGCUUCCAGUGGCACCAGUUUUUUCAGGGAGAGCAGGUUUAUUUACAGUGCCUAACAUAGUGUAAAUUUUAGAAAAGUAUAUAUUUUUAUAAUGAUAUUUUACUACAUGUAGUCUGCCUGAAGGAUUUAAUACUUGUAUUUCCAAAGUAUAUGCCUUUCUUAGGAAGCCAAACUUUUGAAUAUCUCUCUAAUGCCCUUUUUUUCUAUUAUGCAUGUAUUAACGGACAUUUCACUGGCAAAAGCUGAUCAACAGUAAGAAUCUUUGUGUCUGCAUUGAUUGCCCAGACAUCUUUCUAGCUUUUAAUCUGGGAAGCACUUAACAGACAAUGCUGUAUUUCUCAUGUGUACUUCAGUUCAGCUUUCAUAGUUCUUUUUCUGGCCAGUGAUUAAGACACAACAGGAAAAGGAAGCUUGUCUAAGGAUGGCUGAUUUCCUUACAGUAGCAGAGAACAGUCUGCUAUUACUCAUCUGAAAAACCUGAAAGCAAAAUCACUAGAAGUGCACUGCUAUUUUUUUUAGCUUUGAUAUACAAGCAAGAGUAAUUUUUUUCUGUAGAGCCUUGAAUUUGAGAUCUGUGUUACUUAUUUGUUGAAUCUAGUCUAUUAGGAGCAGCCAAAAAUACGCUGCUGUUACUGCUACUGUGCAAGCAGCAACGCAGUGUCCAGCAACCUUUGCUUAAACUCUGGUGCUUAAAACUUAACCACACCUCAUCAACCAACUUACUUUUGUUAAGGUUAUGUGUAAUAAUCUGAUGUAUGUAAAAUUGGAAAAGUAUGCUUUCUAUUUGUAAAUUUUAUUUGUAAAAAUUGUGUUGAAAAUUGCAUCUAGGGAGUACUUUUUCCUUUGCCACUUUCUGAUACAGAAAGCUUCUAAUGCCUGGAAGUAAUUUCAGCAGUUGGUGAAAAUCAUCAUGGUGUCAAAGAUAUCUGUGGAGUUCAUGCACUGAAAUUAGCUGCCAACAAGAGCCAGUGUCACGGAUCAGGAUUCCACUGUCUGCAAAUCUUGCCAAGUUGCCUGAAGACAAAUGAAUCCGUGGUUUCUUUUUGAAGUACUGUUUGCAUGCAAAACAAUUUAAUUGAUGUAUUGUCUUUCCACAGUUUAUUCCUACUGGCUUUGGCCAUAUUAACACCAGCUUUGUAUCAGUGCUCCAGUUACUUGGAACUGAAUUCAAGAGAGCAAGUUCAACUUAUCUGAGAUCUUUAAAUUCAUGGAGUGAUUUGUUUUCACUGUGGAUAAACUUCUCUGUGCUUAUUCAGUAUCACUUUUAAAACCUUGGGGCUCUAGGCUGGUUUACCCCUAGACAUUCUGAAGUGCACUCCCAUUGAUGUUACACAUGGCUAGUGUAAUUUCAGACUUGGAAAGGGAAUGCUUUCUUACCACUUUCUACCUAGUUAUGUUUAGCACCUUCUCUGUGGACCUGCAGUGACUUCAUGGCUAAAGAUUUAGGUUAUGGUUUAAAAGAAGUCUUGUCAGCAAAAGCACUUGGGUGUGGGCCUGCAUCUAAAGCCUUGAAGGAGAAGCAAUUAAAUGACCUCACAAAGAGAUUUGAUAAAUUGUUGAUGUUGAGAUUUCAGUGGUUGCAUAUGGAACAACUCCACAAACACUACAAUGGAAACGUUUUUAAUGAAGAUGUCAAAUGAGAUCAGACUUGAAUAACUAGACUGAGAGAAGGAAACUUUUCAGUGUGAUCACUUUUAUUUCUCAGAAAUGAGCACAAUUUAUUUCUGUGAAGCAAUGUAUUUAUUUGUCAGUAUGUUUGACAGUGCAGCUGCCCUUUUGUUUCUAAUAAUAUAACUACAUUAGGACACAGUUUUCCUGUACAUGAAGAGGAAGAUGAAUAUAAGAGCUGAAAGAAGUGCAGUGACCAAAGGAGCCUCGAUUGCCUCCUGAAAACCUGAAUAUUUCUUCCCAGGAGGUCUUUAGUUUUGACCCUCAUACAGUGCCAUGUGGAUUGACUUGUGCCUCCAGUCCAUUGAGAUUGAUGUGGCAAUUGGCUUAUAUGUAGAACUGCCUUGGUUUUUGUCUCCCUGUUCCAUCCUUUCUCCUCCCUCCCCCCUCUUGCUUAUGGGUUAUCAUGCAGCUUGAAUGUUGUUUACCCAGUGGAAGGAGAGGUUCUGUCUCUUCUUCUGAGAUGGUUUUUCCGAGUGACUUUCAGUUGUUGUUUUUCUUCAAGCCUUAAAUUUGAUUAAAUAAAAUUUAAUGUUUUG